CGUUUCGUUUUAUUACAAGCAAACACGGUUCAGCUCACCUCGUCAGAUUAAAGAUCGCGAUCGAUGCGCGCUAAAAUCAUCCCGCUCAGUUUAGUCUAGUCCAGAGUCGGUAGUGGUCCGACCGCAUUCUUCUGUGGUAACGAAUAAUCGUAGCAUUCGAAGUUUGAAUAUUCAAAACAAGUGAUAAGUGAUUUCUUUCCUCUGAAAAGCUAAAUAUAAUCUUAGUAUAAAAAUGCAACGAUGCCAAUCCUUCACCGGUUCUGCGAAAAAGGCUUAUCAUAAGGUGAUUUAGGCGAAGCUCCGGCUAAUUAUCGCGAUAAUAAAGCGAAUAGCCAAACAGUCUGCGAAACUACUUCCCGCUGUGAGGAGGAUUUAACAAGAUGAGAAAUCUAUCUGUAUUAAGUUGUUUGCUGUUUGCGGCUUGCUUGUAUCCUACCGAUGGCAAAGUUUUCCAGAAAUGUGCAUUGGCAAAGCUGCUGGAUAAUCAACAAAUAUCAAGGACGCUAAUUUCCAACUGGAUCUGCAUGGUUAAUGCCGAAAGUGGCGCCGAUACGUCGAAAAAGGUUACCUUGGACAACCUCACUAGUAGUUAUGGAAUCUUUCAGAUCAACAGUAAGGAGUGGUGUCGCGUGGGACGCAAAGGUGGCAAAUGCAACAAAAACUGUGAAGCAUUCCUAACCGAUGAUAUUACCGAUGACAUUGAGUGUGCCAAGCAGAUACACAAAGAUCAAGGUUUCUCCUACUGGAAGGGUUGGGUCAACAAGUGCAAACAGAAAGCCCUGCCGGACAUCUCAAUGUGUUGGAAGUGAGGACGCGGCAUUAUGGACACAAUUGGAGCGAGGGCUGUUCCAGCGGAUAACGGUGGGAGGUAAAUAUUUGUCCAAGAUGAGUCUCAAGUGGAAUGUAGGAAUAGUUCAGUGUCCGUCGAUGAUAAAAGUUGAAAUAAUCGAGUGUGGAAUAC